AUGGAGCAUCAUGGAGAACUCGAUGACAACAUUGCAGGUCCAUUCUUCUUUGACAACGAUGCAGCUGCCUAUGGAGUGAGGUCGAGAAAUGCAGAUGAUGAGGUCGAGUUGAUGGGAGAGAUACCAUCAUGCGUUCUGAGUGCUAUCAUGCGGUAUCUUGAUGCCAUGGAAGGGAGCAGCAAGUCUGGCUGGAAGUUUAGGCUGACACAGACGGAUGAGCAGCUAGCUUUGGAUCAAGCGUUACUUGUGCUGGUGGCAGACCAGAAGGCUUUUGAAGGUGGCUGA